UCCCCCAUCGCUCGCGUCGACAGCCUCCACGAACAUCCAAAACCCUACCCUAUCUCCUCCACCCAUCUCUUGUUAACCAUGUCGAGGAGAAAGACCAGAGAGCCCAAGGAGGAAAAUGUCACUCUCGGACCUGCUGUCCGUGAAGGAGAGCAAGUCUUUGGCGUUGUUCACAUCUUUGCAUCGUUCAAUGACACGUUCAUUCAUGUGACUGAUCUGUCUGGAAGAGAAACACUUGUUCGUAUCACUGGUGGCAUGAAGGUCAAGGCUGAUCGUGAUGAGUCCUCUCCAUAUGCUGCCAUGCUUGCAGCCCAAGAUGUUGCUCAGAGAUGCAAGGAGCUCGGGAUCACAGCCCUUCACGUGAAGCUCCGUGCCACUGGAGGAAACAAGACCAAGACCCCUGGUCCUGGUGCUCAGUCUGCCCUCCGAGCUCUUGCUCGUUCCGGCAUGAAGAUUGGCCGUAUAGAGGAUGUGACACCAAUUCCGACCGAUAGUACCCGCAGAAAGGGAGGUAGAAGGGGAAGGAGGCUGUAAUUGCUUUUGCCCCCGUGGUUUCAGAUGGUAUUAUCGUUCACUUUGCCCAUUUUCUCCCUUUUUUUGGGUUAAAUUCUACACUUGCUAUGUUCUUUCUCGCCCGUUGCUUAAAGACAUUGUAGUGUUUUUUAUUGUGACUUUGAAAUUUGGAGUUACCCAGAAAAAGAAGCAGAGGAUGGUAUUUAUCUGAA